CAAUCAAAAUAUUAUUUUAAUAAAAAUUACAUGUAAUUUAUAAAAUUAAAUUUCUCAAAACUAGAAAAUUAAUGUUUGUACUUUAUAGUGAACAUAGAAUAUUUUUAUAAAUACUAUGUAAUCAUAAAUAAAUGUGUUUAAUUAUUAUGAAAAUGAAGAUAUAAAUAAUUUGUUGAAAUGCCAAAAGAAAAGUUGCGAGUAACGGAUGCCCAAAAUGAUGUCCUGUGCAGAUUCUUUGAAGAGCACCCUGAAGUUAUAAGGGGUUACAAGAAAUCACCCAGAUACAUAGAAGCAGUGCAAACAAAAUGGAAGAAAAUUACACCACACCUCAAUUCCCUUGGACCACCAAAAGAUCACAAGAGUUGGGCUAAGUAUUUAUGCAACAUGAAGGCGAAGCUGAAACAGAAACCCAUAAAAUGGUCAAAGACCAAUGACGGCACUGGAUCUAUAAUAUGCAAUGCUGAAGACUUCAAUGAAAUAAAACUGAGGAUGCUGCAAGUUUUACAAGUCUCAUUAAGCUCACAGGACACACAGAAGCCAAAUACAUCUGAUACUAGUCUAAAUCAAGAAGAGACAAAAAUUGAGCAAAAUGAUGAAGACAGCUUUGAAGAUCCAUAUCCAUGGCAUGAAGCCGAUGACAGCAACAAAACGGUUCAAUCACAAUCCUACAUAAAGCUUCGAAGAAGCCAAUCUCCUACUUCAACAACACCCCAAGUAGUAUCAAGCCACAAUGAGUGGAGUGAUGAGUUCGACACCUUUGGUAAAAAUAUUGCUCAACAAUUAAGGACAUUACCAUUGCCCCUUGCAUUACAUACACAGGAGAUGCUAUUAGCUGUGAUACGAAAGCAAAGAUUGAGGAUGCUGAAUAAUACUCAGAAUAGUGUCGAUCCUUUAGAUAAAUAAGUUAUUUUUAUAGUCUUAAGUACAAAAUAAUGUAGAGAAAU